AUGUCAGAGUCACGCCUUUUCCUGCCCAUGAAAAUCGGCAACGUUACAGUCCAACAUCGCAUUGGAAUGGCCCCUCUUACACGCCUCCGCGCAAGCAUUGACCGCGUCCCCAACGCCCUUAUGAAGGAAUACUACAGUCAACGCGCUUCCAUCCCAGGUACCCUUAUUAUUACCGAGGGUACUCUUGUCUCCCCUGCUGCAGGUGGAGGUUUUGCUAGAACGCCUGGAAUCUGGAACCAAGAGCAGGUCUCAGCCUGGAAAGACAUCACAGAUGAAGUGCACCGCAAGGGCAGUUACAUCUUUGUACAGUUGUUCGCGAUGGGUCGUGCUGCAACUGUAGAAGUUGCGAAGGAUGAAGGAAUCGACAUUAUCGGACCCAGUGCAAUUCCGAUUGAAGGCAGCCCCGCCCAACCGCGAGCAAUGACCUUGGACGAGAUUCAUGAAAUGGUCGAGACCUUCGUGACUGCGUCCGAAAAUGCGAUCAAAGCCGGCUUCGAUGGUGUUGAGAUCCAUGGAGCCAAUGGCUACCUGCUCGACCAAUUCCUCCAAGAUGUCAGCAACCAGCGCAACGACGAGUAUGGAGGCAGCAUUGAGAACAGAUCCCGACUCAUCACUGAGAUCCUGGAACGCGUUGUCCAAGCCAUCGGCCCUGAGCGAGUUGGCAUCCGUCUCAGUCCAUGGAGUACCUUCCAGAGCAUGCGCAUGAAAGACCCAAUUCCUCAAUUCACAGACAUAAUCAACAAGGCCAGCCGUCUGAAGCUAACCUAUCUUCACUUGAUCGAGUCGCGUAUCUCCGGCAGCCAAGACUGUCAAGAUAGCAGCGGUGAGAAACUCGACUUUGCGUAUGAUCUCUGGAAGGGGCCUUUUCUCAUUGCUGGCGGGUAUAAAUUGAAAGAGGCGGAGAGGCUCGUUGACAAAGAGCAUCCCGAUAAGGAGAUUAUGGUCAUGUUUGGAAGAAACUUCUUGGCGAAUCCGGACUUGGUGUAUCGAAUCAAGGAAGGCUUGGAACUGAACCCUUAUGAGAGGAAGACGUUCUACAGCAGCGAUGUCGAGGGUUAUGUGGAUUAUCCCUUUGCCGUUAAAAAGGAUGCUGCGGUGCCGAAGUAA